AGCAUGACGACACUUCUGUGGAUGCGUCAACGAUAAAUAAAUUUCACUCGGGUUGGAACGACUGGUCUCGCGCGCAGAGGAGAGCGAACACAGCCGCGCGACGGAAAAAGCACAGUUUAAUUUGAACGCGUGCGGAAAGAAGAAUAAAUCCAGAGCAGUGGUUUCCGCGGUGUCUGCGCGUGCAGGAAAGAGGCUAAUCCGGAGCGACUGGAAGGCCGACGCGGAGCGCCCACUGGCACGGGGAAAGGGGAGGGAGGGAGGACAGUCUGAAAGAAAGGCAAGACUAAACAAACCGUGAGCGCGUGAAUCCGGGGGUCGGCUGUAGCUAAUAAGUAUCCCAGACCACAACUGGCGAAGAGAAGGAACGGAAAACUGAAGAAGCGGACGCGCUGAAAAUAAAUAAUUAAAUCGGAAGUGAGCGUCAUCCGCAGUGUGCAUCCUUCUCCUUGCAUCACCUGCACAUCCGAGACAGUGGCAGACGGAGAGGAAAGGGAAGGGAAGAGGGAAAUAGGGAUACUGCGCGCGAGGACGAGAGGAAUAUUCCAACAUCCCUUCUUUUGUAUCACCGGCGGGGUCUCUGUCCGCGCGGCGGGUGCUGAAUUUUGUGGAAAUGCUGGGUGGCGGUGCAGCGCUGAAGGCUGGCACAUGUCGGCACGUUUGAACCAGCCGUCCCCGCCCUGCAAGGUCCACUUCAGCUCGCGCUGAUCCUGCAGGACAGGGCGGCUUACGUAAUAUUGACGGGAACACGGCUAGGGACAAGAAAAGGACCGAAACGCGCAGCAGAAGUGAAACCAGAAAUAAGAAACUGCCAAAUUCGCUUUAAUUUGCAACGUGGUAGAGACUGUGUGCAGGUUUUUAAAGAAUGCCAACAUUGCAACAUGGAAUUGCACAGAUUAGUGGAUGUAAAUAAUUGAGUGAUGUUUAUUCUUAACGUUUUAGGACUACGGAAUGUAAUUCCCAAUAUUAUUAGUUUUAUGUGUUUGCGUGAGAUGUUUAUAUUUAUUCAAACGAUAAAUAUAUAAAUAAAUGCCAAAUUUAGGCCGUCGACUGACUGGUGACGCCAAUACUGCAAAGCAGUUAUUAUAGUAAUGGACUAGCACAUGUGCGGUUAGCUAGCCUACAUCUCUAUGAGGAGAUACGGAAAUAUAAAAUAAGUCUUUAUCCGCGCGUUGGUUCUUUUUUUAACAUAAACCUCUUCCUUGGUCUUUUGGAACGCACAUUUAAGGGAGUCGUAGGGACCUUAGGUUAUUUCCAUCGCGUUCAUUCCGUACCCGUCUAAUGCUGCUUGUGGUUCUGAGGCUGUCUCGCGACGUUGCUGCUCAUUGCUUCCCUCCGCGUGCGCGCGUCUGGGCGUCCCGUGCAAUUCUGUGCUUCUCCGGCAAUUCCAAAGUUAUCGGCGUUUAUGUUGCUCACACUUUGAACAGAAAUAAAGGAACUUCUCCCGUCGGCGGUGCAUCGCCUCCCCUCUCCUACGUGCCGCGCCAGCUGCAGCCAUGGAGACCACGAAACUGCCCCCGUCCAGCCCGUCCUCGCCCACUACGGGCUUCUCGGUGCCGAGCGCGGAGAAGGUGGACGGGUUCCCGCGGCGGUCGAUGCGCAGAGCGCGCCAGCGCAGGUCGCACAGCUCCUCGCAGUUCCGCUAUCAGAGCUCUCAGGUGGAGCUGACGCCGCUGCCGCUGCUCAAAGACGUUCCCGUGGCCGAGCUGCACGAGCUCUUCUGUAAGAAGCUGCAGCAGUGCUGUGUGCUGUUUGACUUCCUGGACUGCGUGGCAGACCUGAAGGGCAAGGAGAUCAAGAGGGCGGCGCUGAACGAGCUGGUGGAAGGCCUGGCCACCGGCCGCGGCGUGCUCAUCGAACCCGUCUACCCAGAGGCCGUCAAGAUGAUCUCGGUGAACAUCUUCCGCACCCUGCCGCCCAGCGAGAACCCCGAGUUCGACCCCGAGGAGGAUGAGCCCACGCUGGAGGCGUCCUGGCCUCACCUGCAGCUGGUGUACGAGUUCUUCCUGCGGCUCCUGGAGAGCCCGGACUUCCAGCCCUCUUUGGCCAAACGCUAUCUGGACCAGAAGUGUGUCCUACAGCUGCUGGAGCUGUUUGACAGCGAGGACCCCAGAGAGAGGGAGUACCUGAAGACCAUCCUGCACCGCGUCUACGGAAAACUACUGGGGCUGCGAGCUUACAUCCGCAAGCAGAUCAACAACAUCUUCCUCAGGUUUAUUUAUGAAACAGAGCGUUUUAAUGGAGUUGCUGAGCUCCUCGAGAUUCUGGGCAGCAUCAUUAAUGGCUUCGCCCUGCCACUGAAGGCGGAACAUAAGCAGUUCUUGGUGCGCGUGCUGAUCCCUCUGCACACCGCCCGCUCCCUGUCCAUCUUCCACGCACAGCUGGCGUACUGUGUGGUGCAGUUUAUGGAGAAAGACGCCACCGUCACGGAAUACAUAAUCCGCGGCUUGCUGAAAUACUGGCCGAAGACCUGCACUCAGAAAGAGGUGAUGUUCCUGGGGGAGAUGGAGGAGAUCUUGGACGUUAUUGAACCCUCGCAGUUCCUCCGGGUCCAGGAGCCGCUCUUCAGACAGAUCGCUGCCUGCAUAUCCAGCUCACACUUCCAGGUUGCAGAGCGGGCUCUGUAUUUCUGGAAUAACGAGUACAUCCUGAGCCUGAUCGAGGAGAACUGCCAGGUCAUCCUGCCGCUGGUCUUCAGCACGCUCUACAGAGUCUCCAAAGAGCACUGGAACCAGACCAUCGUCUCUCUCAUUUAUAACGUUCUCAAGACCUUCAUGGAGAUGAACAGCAAACUCUUCGACGAUCUCACCGCCUCUUACAAAGUGGAGAAGCAGAAGGAGCAGCAGAGAGACAGGGAGAGGGUGGAGUUAUGGAGGGGGCUGGAGGAGCUGGAGGAGAGGAGGCUCCAGACCCUGCAGGAGGUCAGCCUCAACCAGAGAAACCUUCAGGAUCACCCUGCCCCCUCCCAGCCAGGCCCCGCCCCCUCCCAGCCUGACCCCACCCACACCGACCCCACCCAGCCCGACCCAGUGCCCAGCAGCACCAGCGCCACCUAGAGCACCCUGCCCAGUCCUGCACAUACUGCAGACCUCCUACUGCACACUACACACUACACACUCACACACUUAGAGAACAUACAAACAACACUGCAGACCUCCCACUACACACUACACACUGCACACUUACACACUCACACACUUUGAGAACAUACAAACCAC